AGACUCUUAGAGUAUCUCUGUGCUGAACCCGUCCGGGUGACAGCUACAGGUCACAGCCGCCAGUCACAGCCGCCGGCUAAGCUGAGCCGCAGCGCUUGUUAGCACCCUAGGGUGUCUCGGGAGCAGUCGUGCCGGGUCCAUGGAGAAGCCGCGAGGAGUCAGGUGCACCAAUGGGUUCCCCGAGCGGGAGCUGCCGCGGCCCGGGGCCAGCCGGCCUGCCGAGAAGUCCCGGCCGCUGGAGGCCAAGGGCGCACAGCCCGCCGACGCCUGGAAGGCAGAGCGGCCCCGUAGCGAGGAGGAAAACGAGCUGAACCUCCCCAACCUGGCGGCCGCUUACUCGUCUAUACUGCGCUCGCUGGGCGAGGACCCCCAGCGGCAGGGGCUGCUCAAGACGCCCUGGAGGGCGGCCACCGCCAUGCAGUUCUUCACCAAGGGAUACCAGGAGACCAUCUCAGAUGUCCUGAAUGAUGCUAUAUUUGAUGAGGAUCAUGAUGAGAUGGUGAUUGUGAAGGAUAUAGAUAUGUUUUCCAUGUGUGAACAUCACCUUGUUCCAUUUGUGGGAAGGGUCCAUAUUGGUUAUCUUCCUAACAAGCAAGUCCUUGGUCUCAGCAAACUUGCCAGGAUUGUGGAAAUCUACAGUCGAAGACUGCAAGUUCAAGAGCGCCUCACCAAACAGAUUGCGGUGGCCAUCACAGAAGCCUUGCAGCCUGCUGGUGUUGGGGUAGUGAUUGAAGCGACACACAUGUGCAUGGUAAUGCGAGGUGUGCAGAAAAUGAACAGCAAGACUGUUACCAGCACCAUGCUGGGUGUGUUCCGAGAAGACCCAAAGACUCGGGAGGAGUUCCUCACACUCAUCAGGAGCUGAACGUCUGUGUGCCAGCCCUGGUGUGCAGACCCCACUGCUGCCAGCGCUAUCUGUCUUAAUCGUCCAUUCCAGUUUCAGUUGGUACACUUGUAAACUUUAGUUCUCACUAUGAAUUGUAUUUAAUAAUUAUUUAUAUGUAUGUCAAAUAAAGGUGAUCAACUAAGGGGUGGGCUUCUGCUUUGUUCUUGCCACCUUCUUAGUGGCAACAUUAAAGUGAACUGCCAGGAAUAUAAGGUAUACAUACUGACUGCUGCCAUUCAGUGUCCCCAGGGAUGCUGGGAAGGAGGAAGCUCAUGCAUUUGGUUGAAAUGAUCAUUGACUCAUUAGUGGAUGGCACUGGACACUCAAGGAGCUGUGGCCACGGUGCUGUUUUCUGCCUCCAGUGGGCAUAGUAUAAUAUUGAAGUGCUGGAGGCGAUGGGUACAGAGAGCAUUGCCCUCAGUGUUCAGAGACCCACAGACGCCACUCUGUUUUGAUCAUGUAUGUGAAGCUACCAGGAUCAUUUUCUUCUUGAUAUUUAUUAACUGUCCAGCUAUAACACUAGUCUCUGAGGGAAGGUGGCAGGAUAUCUAUCUUUAAUUUUUCUGUGAGUUAAAAACACAAAAUUUUCACCUUUUAUAUUUUGAAAUUUUGAGAAGGAGGAUUCCUUCCUGCAGUAGUGCAUGUCAGCAUAAGUGCAUUUAGAGGGUUGACUCUGUGCCUUGGUGAGAAUAUCACACCAUUUGGAGUGUAGGUACUUUGCCGUCUUUUCGGACAGCCAUUACUUCUUAAGUUUGUAAGUACCCACUCUGCACAUUGCUGAUUUCCAGUUAGAAGUUCUUGGUAGUUUACUUUGUCUAUUCCAAGGAGAUACUUCAAAACAUUUUCAGAAACUUUGUAUGAAGUAUUUGUGCAAUUAUUUCCAGGAUCUUUUGGAACUGCCUCUCAGUCAGCUCUGCAGACUCCCAGCUCCUCUGAACUGCAAGGAGCGUAGGGUGGUGAGGGAGGCCGGGAGCUGUGCCCACUGCCCUGGACAAGCCGGACUGUGGCUGUUGGUGUCUGUGGAGAUGCACAGGGGAAGUGUGGCUUAGUAUCAUUUUCUUUAAAUGUCCUCCUUUAAAUGGGGCAGUGAGGGCCAAGUUAAAUCACAGAGUUCUUGCUCCCCUGCACAAACAUGACCAUAGCUGUUCCAAUGAAGAGUUCUCCCGCUGGCUGACAGUGCUCUUUAAAUGUAUUCCUGUGCUCCCAUCUGCCACUUGGACACCCAUCAGCUUAUGAUGAAGCAAGAGCUGGGUCUUAAUUUUAUUAUUAUUAUUUUACCUCUACCUUUUCCUAGCACUUUCUAUAUUUAGAGUUUCUAAAGUAUAGUCAGGUUGGUUUUGAGUUAACUUUGAAAUCUAACCCGAUAGCAGUGUUAGCCAGAUUUGCUAUUUAGACAUUUCUAGGUAGAAUGCUAAGUACUUAACUCGAGUUUGGUAUUUUAAAGUAAAACAAAACCAGUGUGACUUGAUUUAGAGGACCAAAGAAAUUGUUAGAUAUACCUUCGUCUUUUUGAGGGGUGGUCAUUUGUAUUCCUUCUGAAUGACCCUGUCGGGUCAUUCUCUAGAAGCGUUCUUAACGAAUGCCUGACAUCUCUAGGCUGUGUUCUCAUCAGUGUCUGUGUAGGCGUCGCCUCGUCUGUCUCAGUCUGGUCUGUAGCACUUUAAAGUUACCUUCUCACAUCCUUGAUGCUGAGACCAUUUGGGGAGUUUUUAAGAAUCUGAUGUAUUUAAAUAUACUGUUCAAUUAUACUGUUUGGAUUUACUGUGUGCAUAUGUGUGUUACUGAAGUUGGUUCUAUUUAAAUAAAGUGUUUUAAUUUUGUU